CUGGUAAACGUGCACCGACGGGUAAAUGACGCAGUUGCUGGUUGGCGACCGGGGAGGAACGAAAACCAUGACAGUUCUUCUGCUCAUCAAGCAACCUCUCAAUGCCAUUGUAACAUCUCCGACCGUCAUAACGGACGCUCAAAGCAGCAGACAAAACAAAAAUGAUCCCUCUGUUGAAUGUUUGCCUCCCGAGUCCACCGCACGAGUACCCACCCCCAAAGAAGACACGGCCAAGAUGACAUACGCUGCGGGCUUCGUCACUCACAUCGCCGAGAUAUCGGAUCGUGGAAGGGAGAACCACGACGAACCCUCUUGUUUGAGUUAAUUCGUAGUACUUUCGGGUGCUCUCGUCCGCGUAGUCGACGAUGCUAAGCUCGCGCGAGAACCUGUUGUGUAUUUUCGUAUCGUAUUUUUAAUAACGGUAGACUAGAAGUAUUGGUAAGGUGCAACUCGGUGGUGUGGUUUGCCUGAAAGGAAAGAGGCCCUUCUUGUUUGGUUGACGGUUCACAUCAACGGCACGGCAGCACACAAAGUGCACACAGAAGGUGCACACAAAGUGCAUUCGUUUGUCCAGGAGAUAAGGUUUAGGACUAA